CAACAUUGUUUUCAGGGGCGGAGCGAUAUUGGGGGCGGGGCCUGAGUGGGUGGCAAUAAGAGUGGCGCGGGCGGAUUCCCGCGCCAGUGUCCCGCCGACCCCAGUGUAGAGCAUACACGCUCACUCCCACACAUUCCACUAUUAACAUUCCAGACAUGCCUGAGGAAACAAUGGAGGAAGUGGAGACCUUCGCCUUCCAGGCGGAGAUCGCCCAGUUGAUGUCUCUCAUCAUCAACACCUUCUACAGCAACAAGGAAAUCUUCCUGCGAGAACUGAUCUCCAACUCUUCUGACGCGCUGGAUAAGAUCCGCUACGAGUCGUUGACUGAUCCGUCAAAGCUGGACUCCGGCAAGGAGCUGUUCAUCAAACUAGUGCCAAAUAAAAAUGACCGCACUCUUACAAUAAUUGACAGUGGCAUCGGCAUGACCAAGGCUGAUCUGGUUAACAAUUUGGGAACCAUUGCUAAGUCUGGCACCAAGGCGUUCAUGGAGGCACUGCAGGCUGGGGCUGACAUCUCCAUGAUUGGUCAGUUUGGUGUGGGCUUCUACUCCGCCUACCUGGUGGCCGACAAGGUGACCGUCAUCUCUAAGAACAAUGAUGAUGAACAAUACAUUUGGGAGUCUUCCGCAGGAGGAUCUUUCACGGUCCGUACUGAUCAUGGGGAGCCAUUGGGUCGAGGUACAAUGAUCACACUGUUCCUGAAGGAAGACCAGACGGAGUACCUGGAGGAGCGACGCAUCAAGGAGAUAGUUAAGAAACAUUCCCAGUUCAUUGGUUACCCCAUCAAGCUUGUGGUAGAGAAGGAGAGGGACAAGGAAGUGUCUGAUGAUGAAGAGGAAGAAAAGGAAGAUGAAAAGAAAGAAAAGGAAGAGGAAAAAGAAGAGAAAGAAGACAAGGAAGAAAAAGAAGAGAAGCCCAAGAUUGAAGAUAUCGGCGAAGACGAGGACGCCGACAAGAAAGAAGGCGGCAAGAAAAAGAAGACUGUAAAAGAGAAGUACACUGAAGAUGAAGAGCUGAACAAGACGAAGCCACUCUGGACUCGCAACCCCGACGAUAUCUCUCAAGAAGAGUAUGGAGAGUUCUACAAGUCUCUCACUAAUGACUGGGAGGAUCACUUGGCCGUAAAACACUUCAGCGUAGAGGGCCAGCUAGAGUUCCGGGCCUUGAUCUUCCUACCCCGACGUGCUCCUUUCGAUCUCUUUGAAAACCGUAAACAGAAGAACAAGAUAAAGCUCUAUGUUCGUCGCGUUUUUAUCAUGGAGAACUGUGAGGAGCUCAUUCCUGAGUACCUGAACUUCUUGAAUGGUGUGGUGGAUUCUGAAGAUCUUCCCCUGAACAUCUCUCGUGAGAUGCUCCAACAGAACAAGAUCUUGAAGGUAAUUCGCAAAAACUUGGUAAAGAAAGCACUAGAGUUAUUUGAGGAAUUAAUUGAAGAUAAGGACAACUAUAAGAAAUUCUAUGAAAACUUUUCUAAGAACAUCAAGCUGGGCAUCCACGAGGAUUCGACGAACCGCAAAAAGCUGGCAGAGUUUUUGCGCUAUCACACUUCUGCUUCAGGUGACGACAUUUGCUCGCUGAAGGACUAUGCCUCUCGCAUGAAGGAGAACCAGAAGCAUAUUUACUACAUUACGGGCGAGACUCGUGAGCAGGUGCACAACUCUGCCUUUGUAGAAAGAGUUAAGAAACGUGGCUUUGAGGUAAUCUACAUGACUGAACCCAUUGACGAGUACUGUGUACAGCAACUUAAGGAAUAUGACGGAAAGCAACUGGUGUCUGUUACAAAGGAAGGUCUAGAGUUCCCUGAAGAUGAGGAGGAAAAGAAGAGGUUUGAGGAACAGAAAUCAAAGCUGGAGAACCUUUGCAAAGUAGUAAAGGACAUCCUUGACAAGAGAGUAGAGAAGGUUGUGGUGAGCAACCGCCUGGUGACCUCUCCGUGCUGUAUCGUGACCUCCCAGUAUGGCUGGACCGCAAACAUGGAACGCAUCAUGAAGGCUCAGGCACUGCGAGACACCUCUACCAUGGGCUACAUGGCUGCCAAGAAGCACCUGGAGAUCAACCCAGAUCACAGCAUCAUUGAGACCCUCAGGCAGAGGGCUGAUGCUGAUAAGAAUGAUAAGUCUGUGAAAGAUCUAGUCAUGCUACUCUUCGAGAGUGCCCUCUUGUCUUCAGGGUUUACUCUAGAGGAUCCUGGUGUGCAUGCUGGACGUAUUUACAGAAUGAUCAAGCUUGGUCUGGGUAUUGAGGAAGAUGAUGCCCCAGCAGAGGAGACUACAGAAGGUAGUGUGGAAGAGAUGCCCCCACUUGAGGGAGAUGAUGAUGAUGCGUCACGAAUGGAAGAAGUAGAUUAAGGCAUAUCCUGUUAACCAAAGUACCAAAGUUCAUCUCAUUAUCAUACGGUCUGCAAUUUCUCUUGUAAACCUUAGAGAGGUUUGGGAUUUUGAGGUCCAUUUCAUUCCGUGUAUCAGAUUCAGUUUAAGUUAAGAUUCUUGCAUAGGAGUUUUUCUUUAUUAUUCAUUGUGUAUAUAUUUAGUUGAUAAACAAUACAUCUUAAGUUUUGUAAUAAAAACAUAAGAAUCUUAAUCUUUUCAGUUUUCCUAUAUGUGACAUAUUAGACUGGAUUGUGGAAAGUAUUGCUAUUUUCUUUUGUUAAUUAAUGUUCCUAGGUUGAUCACUUUGUAUCAGCUGUGUUGAAAGGUAUAUUCAUGGAAAUAACUAAACUUCCAUAUGAAACUGAAUAUGGAUACCUUUGAAUGCACUGCUCUGCCUUGCCAUAACUACUACAGGCCAGUAUUUAAAUUGGAUUUUUGGAAUCUGGAUAAGAUUUAAUAUUGUGCAAAGUGCAAUCAUAUGCUCUUAACUAUAGCUUUCUAAGAUUUAUGAUUGUUAAUUAUUGCCUUGUACCUGUUGUUUAUAUAACCCAGCAUUAGAGGGAGACUACUAGAUCUUAGACGUGUUGGGUGUAGCAUUUUGGUGUUACGAGAACUUGCCAUAUACAGAGGUAUGAGAGUAAAGGUGUCGAUCACAUAACGAGUUUUAACUUAUCGUAGUACUGGAAUUGCAUUAUUUUGUGUUGAUACUUGUGGACAAUCUCUAAUGAAGAUCAGAUUGCAUUAAAUGAAUUAGUUA